AUGCGUUCGUACGCCGUCUACCUCCUCAACUUUGCCUUCUUCGACUUCGCCACCUCCAUCAUUUCGUUUUUCUCGUGCCAGAAGGUAAUCUUCUCUGGCUUCUCCCUCAUCUACAUCUUCCACGGCCCAUGCAAGUACUUCUCCCCGUGGUUCUGCUACUUCUGUCACUGUUUCGAGUGUCACACCCUCGCUCAUUCCCAGUGGAUUCUUCUCGCCUCAUUCAUCUAUCGUCAUCGAGUUCUCGUCGGUGGCUCGCCGAGUGUCAAGGAUAUGCUCAGGAGCUCCGUCGCGUUUUAUUCAAUGUCCGCCUGUUUUUUAUUGAUUUAUUUAUGUGAUCGGAGUGAUUCCGAUGAGUUGUUGAGGAUAAUGGCUAGGCUUCACCCGGAGUACCAUUACGAUGACGACAGGAUAUGGCAUAGUCUCACGCUAAGCGGCAAUCUCUCAAUGUUCUCCCCGAUCACCUUCCUCUCCAUUCUCUACAUGACAUUCCCUUGCGUCCCGAUCUAUUGUGCCAUUUUAUACUUCCGGUAUAAUACCCUAACUAUCCUCAGCGACCCUGCUAUCAAUUUAUCGCCAGUCUCCAAAAAGAGCCAUCAAAAAUUGGUGCGCGCUCUCACUGUGCAGGCGGGGAUCCCGAUUUUCUGGUUGGUAGCGUCGGGGAUUUAUACGAUGGCGCAGUUCGGGUUGAUUGGAGGACCGAUUCCUGAGAAUAUCACGUUCCGAUUGAUGGAUUGUAUUCCGAUGGUUAGCCCCGUUGUCACCAUAUUUUUUAUUCAGCCGUAUAGAGACGGCCUGCUCAAAAUCGUUUUCCGAGGAUCCGGAAUCUUCAUUCCGACGACUAUUGGGAGUAGUGUUGUUGAUCCAACACAAUCGGCGCCAGUCGGCGAUACGGCAGACAAGAAGUCCUACAUUAUGACCCAACUAUAA